GUGGACCGUUCGAAUGGUACUUAAAUAAAUAAAUACUUCAUUCUCGGCCAUUUACGAUUCACCUUUAAUUGGUAAGACUUUUAGGAAUUCUUUGACAUAAUGGGAGCUGGAAAAAGUCAAUUCACUGAAGAGGAACUUCAAGAUUAUGAGGAUCUUACCUAUUUCACAAAAAAAGAAGUCUUAUAUGCUCAUCAAAAGUUCAAAGCACUAGCUCCAGAAAAAGUUGGACACAAUAAAAAUGCAAAACUGCCAAUGAAUAAAAUAUUGCAAUAUCCAGAAUUAGCUGUUAACCCAUUUAAUGAUAGAAUUUGCAAAGUAUUCAGCUCCAGCCAAGAUGGAGACUGCACUUUUGAGGACUUUCUAGACAUGAUGUCUGUUUUUAGUGAUGCUGCCCCUAAAGCUGUAAAAGCUGAACAUGCAUUCAGAAUAUUUGAUUUUGAUGGAGAUGAUAUGCUGGGUGUUGGAGACUUGAGACAAGUUGUUGACAGGCUCACUGGUAGUCAAAGAUUAAGUGAAGGAGACAUGCAACAGCUGAUUCAAUUUUUACUGGAAGAAGCUGAUUUAGAUGACGAUGGAGCUUUAAGUUUUGCAGAGUUUGAGCACAUUAUAGAGAAAAGCUGUGAUUUCUCAAAAACUUUUAGAAUAAAUUUAUAA